UGGUUGCUGAUAAAGUGGCUAAUCUAUUAUUAAAACCCGUACUAAAGCAUUUUGAAGAACGCUUAUCAGUAUUAGAAGCAAAAAUCGAUGAUUCAGAACGUUAUAACAGAAUGUUUUGUAUACGUUUACUAGGUAUAAGUGAAGACGCCACAGAAGAUACAACACUGAAAGUCGUUAGUGUUAUUAAUAACAAUCUAGACAUGUCAAUAACAACAAAUCGUAGUAAAAAUCUUAGGUCAUUCUUAAAAUUUUCUUACUAA